CUGCAAGAACCCAAAAGUAAUUAAUUCGGAAAAAAAAAAAAAGAUUUCUGUAAACAUCUUUUUUCGGUACAGAUAAAUCGCGUCCUCCCUCCAACAAAAACACUACCGAAUUCACUCUCCCUCCCCCUAGGGUUUAUCUAGGGUUCCGACGGGUCCUAUCUUUGCAUUCCCCCAAUGGCGAAGCCGACGAGAGGCCGUCGCUCACCCUCCAUCUCCGGCUCCGGCUCCUCUUCCCGUUCUCGGUCGAGAUCUCGUUCCCGGUCCCGCUCGUACUCCGGCUCAGACUCCAAGUCUAGCUCCCGCUCUCGAUCUGUGUCCCGGUCCAGAUCUGCUUCCCCGUCUAGCUCUCGUUCUCGCUCCAACUCCCGCUCCAGAUCCCUCUCAUCUUCCUCUCCUUCUCGCAGCGUUAGCUCUCGAAGUCGCAGCCCUCCUCAGCGUCGAAGUCCGCCUGAUGCGUCUAAGCGAGGUCGUUCCCCUCCACCACAAUCUAAAAAAAUAUCUCCUGCUCCAAGGAAGACUUCUCCCAUCCGCGAGUCUCUAGUUCUUUAUGUUGACUCACUGAGCAGGAAUGUCAAUGAAGGCCAUCUAAGAGAAAUAUUCAGUAAUUUUGGUGAAGUUGUAAAUGUGGAUCUAGCAAUGGACCGUGUUCUUAAUCUUCCAAGAGGAUAUGGCUAUGUUGAAUUCAAGACCAGAGCAGAUGCUGAAAAAGCUCUACUGUACAUGGAUGGUGCCCAGAUUGAUGGCAAUGUUGUAAGAGCGAAGUUUACACUUCCUCCACGACCAAAAGUUUCUCCACCACCAAAGCCAAUUGGUUCCGCUCCUAAAAGAGAUGCUCAAAAAUCUGAUAAUGCCAGUGCUGAUAUUGAGAGGGAUGGGCCAAAACGACUACGGGAAUCUUCUCCUCAACGGAAACCCCUGCCCUCCCCACGAAGGAGAUCACCUGUGGGUCGAAGAGGUGCAUCCCCUAGACGACCAGCAGAGUCUCCUCGUCGGCGAGUAGUUUCUCCGGUUCGUCGUCGUGUAGAAUCUCCUUAUCGGCGUGGUGAAACACCUCCCAGGCGCCGACCUGCCUCUCCUGCCAGAGGUCGUUCUCCAUCGUCUCCACCAAGGCGGCUUAGAUCUCCAGCAAGGGCCUCUCCUCGUAGGAUGCGUGGUAGUCCAAUCCGAAGACGUUCUCCUCCUCUAAGGCGCCGUUCACCUCUUAGACGAGCCCGUAGUCCUCCAAGAAGGUCUCCUUUCAGCCGUAGACGGAGUCGUUCUCCAAUUCGUAGACCUGCUCGUUCUCGUUCAAGGUCAAUCUCACCUCGGAGAGGCCGAGGGCCUGCAGUGAGACGUGGGAGGUCAUCAUCCUAUUCCAGAUCACCCAGUCCCCGGAAGGUAGCAAGGAGGAUCUCAAGGAGUCGCAGUCCUAGAAGGCCAUUGAGAGGAAGAAGCAGCAGCAAUAGCAGCAGUAGUAGUUCACCCCCUCGUAAGCCGUAGAUCUUGGUUCCCCCAGUUGUAUUGGUUGUGAAUGAUGAUGUAAUAUCAGAGUUGUAUUGACUUGCUCGAAAAUACUUUAGUUUCGGUCGUGAUCUACUUUCUACUUAGUGGCUCCUAACAAUACUUGUAUUUGGGCGGCCAUCUGUUCUGCCGUAUUAAAUUUAUCUUGUCUGAACAAUUUUAUGACUUAUCUCUUAAUAUCGGUCUUUUUCACACUA